AUGGACGUGCAGAGAAGGAUGGCUCACUGGGGACUCCUGCUGAUGCUCUGGGGCUACUGCACCUUUGGCCUCCCAGCAGAUCCCCGCACCUUCAGAAGGAUCUUACUUAAGAAAGUGCCCUCAGUCCGGGAAAGCCUGAAGGAUCGAGGCGUGGAUGUGGCCAAGCUUAGCGAAGAGUGGAGCCAGUUCACCACGCGGGUCUCUCUGAGGAACGGCACGUCCCCCAUGAUCCUCACCAACUACCUGGACACACAGUACUAUGGCGAGGUCGGCAUUGGCACCCCACCCCAGACCUUCAAAGUCAUCUUUGACACGGGGUCGGCCAACCUCUGGGUGCCUUCGAGCAAGUGCAGCCCUCUCUACACAGCGUGUGAGACCCACAACCGCUACGACUCCUCGGAAUCUUCCAGCUACGUGGAGAACGGCUCGGAAUUUGCCAUCAACUAUGGAUCGGGGAAAGUCCGAGGCUUCUUGAGUCAGGACGUGGUGACCAUGGGCGGAAUCAUGGUGACACAGAUGUUUGGAGAAGUCACGGAGCUACCCGUGAUACCCUUCAUGCUGGCCAAGUUCGAUGGGAUUCUGGGCAUGGGCUUCCCUGCCCAGGCAGUCAGUGGGGUCACCCCCGUCUUUGACAACAUUGUCUCUCAGGGGGUGCUGAAGGAGGAUGUCUUCUCUGUCUACUACAGCAGAAAUUCCAAGAAUUCCCGCUUCCUGGGAGGCGAGAUUGUGCUGGGAGGCAGCGACCCUCAGUAUUACCAAGGGAACUUCCACUACGUGAGCCUCAGCAAGAAUAACUCCUGGCAGAUCAGAAUGAAGGGGGUAUCUCUGAGUUCGACUAUUAUGUUCUGUAAGGAGGGCUGCAUGGCUGUGGUGGACACGGGCGCGUCCUUCAUCUCGGGACCCACCAGCUCCCUGAAGCUGCUCAUGCAGACUCUGGGGGCCAAGGAGCUGAUCAAGAAUGAAUACGUGGUGGACUGCAACCAGGUGCCCAUACUCCCCGACAUCAGCUUUCAUCUUGGAGGCAGAUACUACACGCUCACCAGUGCGGACUACGUACUGCAGGAUCCUGGCAAUAAUGAUGAGGACCUGUGCACACUGGCCCUCCAUGGCCUGGACGUCCCACCGCCAACUGGGCCCCUCUGGGUCCUGGGCGCCAGCUUCAUCCGCAAGUACUACACGGAGUUUGACCGGCGUAACAACCGCAUCGGCUUUGCCUUGGCCCUCUAA